AUGCGCCCCAAAAGGCCAGCUACCCCACUCAAGCCCCCACUUGAAGGACCGGUCGCCGACCGCGGUGCAGCACCGCUCGCCGCCGUCGAUCCCAGUCGGAUGGUCCCUAUCCGAUCCUUCUUUGGUAUCCCCCAGAAUGCCCGAGCCAUCCCGUCUCGACCUUGGUUCGAUCCGACGCCGGCGCCAUCACCCCAUCCUAAUGUGUUGAGGAAGGACCGACUUGAAUCGACGGCCUGGUUCCACAUCGGUCUCACCGAGGAGGAUUGGUAG